AUGUCACGAUUGUAUCCAACCCUUGAAGAUAUGAAAGUUGACCAGCUUCAUACGGCUCAGGUCAGCCAUGAACGUGCAAUUACCGGAGGUGCCCAGUUACAGUACCCACACCCAGGACAGGCAGUCCCAGCUCCCUACACCACCCAGCCAGGGCCGGCCCUGUACCCAUCCCUGAACGAUUACAUGGGCUUACACAUUACACCAGAGAUGAUGCAGGAGAUGCAGGUUGUACCAUCGCAGGGCUUGCAAGUUGGGCUUCGACAGACCCAGUCCGGACAGACACAAGUAGCACCAAUCACAGGCAACAAUUUGGGCCUUGCCAGGGCAGAAAUCAAACAGGGAAUCCGAGAGGUGGUUCUCUGCAAAGAUCAGGAUGGCAAACUUGGGCUUCGUAUUCGGCAUGUCAAUAAUGGGAUUUUUGUAGCCUUUGUUCAGGCGGGUUCUCCGGCUGCCUUGGCUGGGCUCAGGUUUGGAGACCAGAUAUUGCAAAUAAACGGAGUCACUGUGGCCGGUUGGAGUAAUGACAAAGCCCAUGAGUUCCUCAAGAAAGCCGAUGGUCAGAGAAUUGAAAUGGCCAUCCGAGACAGGCCAUUUGAGCGCACAAUCACAAUGCAGAAAGACAGUAAUGGCUUUGUGGGGUUCACAUUCAACAAUGGACGUAUCAAGACGUUAGUGAAGGAUUCGUCUGCAGCACGCAACGGACUUCUCACAGACCAUCAGCUGAUAGAAGUGGGAGGUCAAAAUGUCGUCGGCUUGAAGGACAAAGAAAUUGGGGAAAUCAUUGAUUCCUGUGGCAAGACGCUGACAGUGACAAUCAUGCCAUGUUUUAUUUAUGAUCACAUUAUCAAAUGCAUGGGUUCAAGCAUAGUCAAGAAGUUGAUGGACCAUUCAGUUCCAGACCUGUAG